CUUUGUGACGUCAUAUUACUGUGCAGCGCAGGCGCCGUGGGAAGGAGGAGGACCAUUUCCGCUUCCGCUGCCUCUGUCCUCCUGCUGCUCAUUCAUAAUUAUGGCGCUCACACCGUGGAAGGGGGUACUAGGCCUUGGCCUCUUUGCCCUAGGCCAUGCUACCUUUUCUGCUGCACAGCAUCGUUCCUAUAUGCGAUUAAAAGAAAAAGACGACGAAGCACUGCCAAUAGAUAUAGUUCUUCAGACACUUCUGGCCUUCGCAGUUACCUGUUACGGUAUAGUUCAUGUCGCAGGGGAAUUUACAGAUGUGGAUGCCACCUCAAAACUGAAGAAUAAGACAUGUGACACCUUAAGGAAUCACCCAUCCUUUUAUGUAUUUAACCAUCGUGGUCGAAUACUGUUCGGGCCUUCGGAUACAACAAAUUCUUCAGACCAAGAUGCAUUGGCCCCUGAGAUAUCGUUGAAGUUGAGAAAACUCGAGUCACUGCGCCCUGAAGAUUUUUGGAAAUUGUAGUAUCAGGACAGGACACAUUGCUGAACUCGGGAGUUUGGAGUGUGAAAUAUUACCUUCCCCCAGCAGUAUGUAUAUUGACUUUUGAGACCUAAUUCCAGAAGAAA